AUGUUGUCUCUCCGUUAACUAGUAAGUGAUGGAUUGGAGCUGAGGCCAAAGUACAAUGGGAUUCUCCACUGUAUGACCACAGUCUGGAAGCAUGAAGGAUUGCGGGGCUUGUAUCAAGGAGUGACUCCAAACGUGUGGGGAGCCGGGGCUUCCUGGGGACUUUACUUUUUCUUUUACAAUGCCAUCAAAGCUUACAAAAAGGAAGGGAAGCUGGAAAGCCUAAGUGCAACCGAACACCUGGUGUCAGCUGCAGAGGCAGGAGCCAUGACCCUCUGUAUCACAAACCCCAUAUGGGUAACGAAGACUCGUCUCGUGUUGCAGUAUGACGCUGGCGCUGACCCGUCAAAGCGGCAGUACAAGGGAAUGCUGGAUGCUCUCCUCAAGAUAUACAAGAAAGAGGGCAUACGUGGCUUGUAUAAGGGAUUUGUGCCGGGUCUGUUUGGAACUUCACAUGGAGCACUUCAGUUCAUGGCGUAUGAGGACUUGAAACUGAGAUACAACAAGUACAGGAACAGAGUACCAGAUAAAAAGCUGAACACUGUGGAAUACAUAACCACUGCAGCUGUAUCCAAAAUAUUUGCUGUGUCAGCAACGUACCCCUAUCAGGUUGUACGAGCUCGUCUUCAAGAUCAGCAUAACACCUACUCCGGCGUGCUCGACGUGAUCCGCAGGACGUGGAGGAGAGAAGGAAUUCGUGGAUUUUACAAAGGAAUUAUUGCCAAUGUGAUCAGAGUGACUCCUGCCUGCUGUAUUACCUUCGUAGUGUAUGAAAAUGUAUCUAGUUUUUUACUUGGUUUUAGAAAAGAAAAUAAUUAAAGGUACAAGCUUGUGUUCAGGAGGAUUUAUCCUUUAUUUUUUGUAUUUAU